AUGGGGCUAUCUCCAGCAACUGUUUUAAUUACACUCUUUACCAUUAACCAAGCUUUGGACAAGAAUGGACCCAACCCAAUUGUUAAAUUGCCAGAUGGUUCAAUAGAAGGCAAAAGUCAAGCUAAUCCACAUGCACCAGGUACUCAUUACUUCUCUUUCGAAGGAAUACCAUACGCAAAGCCACCUUUAGGAAGCCUGCGAUUCGAGCCUCCACAACCCAAUGAAAAAUGGAGUGGCGUCCUUAAAACCCUAACCAACAGAAGUUCUUGCAUCCAACAAAACGGAGAUGGAUCCGAGGAUUGCCUGUACCUUAACGUCUUCACCCCCACUUUGAACACUUCGUCGAAUUUACCAGUGAUGGUUUGGAUUUUCAGUGGAGGCUUCAUAAACGGCGACGGUUCAAGAUACAGAUACAACCCCGAAGCCCUUUUGGCCGAUGGUGUCGUUUAUGUCGCCAUGAACUACAGACUGGGCAUAUUUGGGUUUUUGAGCACCGGUGAUGUGGUCAGUCCCGGUAAUUACGGUCUCAAGGAUCAGGUUUUGGCCUUGAAGUGGGUGCAAAAAAACAUUGGCUUGUUUGGAGGUGAUCCCAAGAGGGUUACAAUCUUCGGUUUGAGCGCUGGCUCCGUGUCGGUGUCUUAUUUGGUGCAAAGUCCAGCAGCAAGAGGUUUGUUUUAUGCUGCGAUGAUGCGGAGCGGCGUUAGCAUUAACGUUUGGUCGUUGAGCAGGCACUCCAGACAGCUUGCCUUUUUAAUAGCCGCCAGCCUCAAUGUGGACAUCACCAAUUCGUAUACGUUGAAAGAAGGUCUUAAGAAGAUCGAUGCUCACAAGUUACAAGCAUGUUCUGGCCCUGAGUUUAUUGCCACUCAAAUGUUUGACAAUCCCUUGGAUGGUUUGAACUUUUCCCCAGUUAAAGAACCAGUCCACGAAGGAGCCAUAUUUACCGGUGAAAGCUACAGGCAGGUGAAAAACGGGGAAUUCACACGUGUGCCUUUAAUGAUUGGACACACAAGUGAAGAAGCUGAAGAUGUUUAUUUUUUCUUACCUGACAUAAUGGUGCCCUCCUUCCUUCAAAAUCCUGAGAAUGUUGUGGUGGGUGACUUAAAUGUUACAAACCCGUUGGAGAAAUUCCUAAUUGGGAAACAAAUUGAAAGAUACUAUGGACUAAAUCCACUACUUAUAGAUAGAACAGCUGCAACAAAUUACGUCAGUGAUAUUUUUUUUAACAAUGGCAUUACUCAAGCCGUCCAGCUUCAAUCCAAAUACGUCCCGGUGUACUUUUACAUUUAUUCCUACGGUGGUUCCUUCUUAAAUGUUUCAGAUGCAGAUGUUGGACAUGCUGCAGACUUACCAUUUAUUUUCCCAAUCAGUGCCGUAAAUUCUCCUAGUGAUGUUUUGAUGAGGAGAAGGAAUGUCAGAUUGUUAACCAACUUUGCCAAAUACAGAAAUCCCACACCCCAACGAGAGGAACUUCUCCAAAACAUAAUUUGGCCAAAGACUAAUUACCCCACGACCUUCGAGAACCUGGUGUACUUGAACAUAAGUGAUCCCUUAAAACUUGAAAGCAAUUACGACACCCCCAACCUAGAAUUUUGGAGGAACUUGUACUUUAGAUCUGGCAACCAACCCUACGACACAUACUGAGAAUUAAACUAAAACAUAAAACACUUUUGCUGAUUACAUACAUAAUUAAAAUA